UAUGUGCUAGUAAGUGUAUAUAAUUUGUGUUGUACAGGAACAGCCCUCACAGACACUGAGUGCUCUGACUGCAGUGAUGGGACUUUUUCAAAUGGGACAUCUACAUCUUGUCAACCACCCACACAAUGUGAAUCACAAAUCCUUCAGCUGAUAAAACCUGGAACUGUGUCGACUGAUGCUGAAUGUGGAGAAGACUACGAUUCAACUAUUGUGGUCGCCAUUGUAGUGUCUUUUUUAUUAAUUUGUGUUGUUUUACUUUUUUUACUCUUUUUUUUCUGGAAGAACAAAAGACGUCUAUUUGGCAAAAUAAGAAGUGCAGCUAUUCCCACAGAGGUAUGUCUGUUACUCUCCUUUUCACACUGUAUCUUCUAUGUGUGUGUGCACUGUGGUGGAGGAUAAUACUUGGUUCAUCUUAAGCCUUGUUCACACUACACAAUAUUCCAGCUGUUGACAAUUUUUGCAACUCGCUGACAAAAGCCCCUGAUGGGAUCGAUCAGCAGUCGCCAAUGGCUGAGUGAACUUUCACAAGACGCGAUUAGAGAGGUUCGCCGACGCCUCUUGUAAGAUCACUCAGACUCAUUUGAACGGACACCUUUGGAACCAAUAUUGUAGCGAUGCUAUUCUGUGUACAGGUAUGUGGAGAGCUGUGACAGUAUCUAAACCCAUGUUUGCGUUUGUGUGUACUAGUCUGGGGUUUCACAAGACAACAAGUCAUGUAGUGUGGACUGCACAGCUGACCCACAGUACGACUCUGGAGGUCGUGAAGUGUGAACUUGGCUUUAGUAAUUCAAUUAUUAAACUUUUUAAAUAAUAAUUUCAUAUUUCACCCAAAAGCGAAACGCAGGUGGAAGAGAAGGUGAGAACAUGAUUGAUACGAGAGGGAACAGCAGCAGUGUAAGAGACAACUGGGGGAGAACCAGUGAAACACUGUUCACUGCAGAGUCAAUGUGCUGGUACAUUGUCUUUAAAAAAAAGGCCGCUCCGUGCUACAAGCUGCCCACAGCUCAUCAUCUCACUCAGAUGUUGCUGCGUGGCUGAGAAUAAAGUGGUCAGGAACAUGAAACUUUGAGAACAAUGACUCCAGCGACAUGAAGGUCCUGCUGACAGUGAGUCACGGUGUACGUGCCUCCACACUCAGACUUUACUGAUCUUCUGUGGAGGCAGAGAGAGCUCACAGCUGGAUCUGAACAUCAGACUGAGACUGGACUGUAUUAGUCAUGAAUAAGGACAAAGAGCUGGAACAGCGGCAUGAUGGGACGUCGUGAUAUGUAGAGGCUUCUGAUGCUAGCUGGUCUAGCUGCUGCAGGUCAGGACCCCUGACCCCUGUUGCAAGACUACGUCGUAGUCACACUAUGCGAUAUGUUGUUUUUGCUUAAAAUCAGUGAAAUAAUUAUUUUCCGAAACCUUCAUUAAAUGAUCAAAAUGAAUGAUUGAAAUGUACAGGUUU